AUGUCCUCUCAGCAGACCCAGUUCAAAGGUUACGCGGUCAUUGCAGACCCGAAGGAUCUGAAGAAGCCUUGGACCAAUUCCCAGGUCAUCGACUACAAGCCCAAGGCCUUCGAGGCCGACGACGUCGAAAUCGCCAUCACCCACUGCGGCGUCUGCGGCUCCGACGUCCACACGCUCACUCAAGAUCGGGGUGAGUCCAAGGUGCCCCUCGUCGUCGGCCACGAGAUCGCGGGCCGGGUGACGCGCGUCGGGGACAACGCCAAAGACAUCCAGAUCGGUGACCUCGUCGGCGUGGGCGCCCAGCGCGCAAGCUGCCUCAAGUGCCGCGCCUGUCAGGACGGGUUCGAGAACUACUGCCUAGAGGCCAUUGACACCUACGGCGGGUACUCCACCGCCAUUCGCGCCCAUCAGCGCUUCGUCUUCCCCAUCCCGAAGGAGAUUGAGCCCCGCCAUGCUGCCUCCAUGAUGUGUGCAGGUCUCACGGUAUACUCUCCACUCAAGACCCACGGCUGUGCGCCUGGCAAGACGGUCGGGGUGAUGGGGAUCAGCGGUUUGGGGCACUACGCGGUCAUGUUCGCGAAGGCGAUGGGUGCCAAGGUCAUCGCGUUCACCGAUGACAAGUCCAAGCUCGAUGAAAUCAAGGAGAUGCGCGCGGACGAAGUCAUUAACACCAAAGAUAACGAGUACUGGAAGGACUACCCGCAGGCGCUAGACAUCCUCAUUUCAACGCGAGAUGUCCCCAGCGACAACACUCCUCUCGGCGACUUCCUUUCCAUGCUCUACGUACACGGCUGCUUCAUCACAGUAGGUAUCCCUUACAUCAAGGACCCGCUUCCACCUGUGCACGCGUUCAACCUCGUCCCAAACGGAUGCUUCGUGGGCAGUAGCAAAAUCGGCAGCAAGGAAGACUGCCUCGAGAUGCUCGAGCUCGUGCGGUCGAAAGGCAUCAAGCCGCGGAUCGAGGAGCUGCCAAUGAAGGACGCCGCGAACGCGUUGCAAAACUUGCGGGACAACAAGGUCCGGUACCGCCAGGUCCUUACACAAGACCUCCAGUGA